GCCAAUUUAUACCUUACAAUAUGUUAUCCUCCUUUAUUUAUUUGGACCAAUUUCUAUCUUUCUCAUCCUACAGCUUCCAAAAUGGCUGCAGCAUCAACAAGUCCCUCUUUAUUUUCUGCAACUCGUUCUGCUUCUAAUACCAAUGCAAGUCCCUCUGUUUCAAAUAUAUAUGCUACAAGUUUUAUGGGCGCGCACAUGAGAAGAUAUCAUCCAGCUACAAGGAAACUAGUAAGGAUUAGUAAGGGUAUAGUUGCUGCGGCCGUUGCAACUUCCCCUGCAGAGGAAAUCAAAGAAUAUGCUCUUCCUUCAUGGGCUAAAUUUGACCUUGGAAAAUCACCAGUAUAUUGGAAAACAAUGAAUGGUCUUCCCCCAACUGCAGGAGAGAGACUGAAGCUUUUUUACAAUCCAGCUGCAAACAAUAUGGUUCCUAAUGAAGAUUUUGGAAUCGCUUUUAAUGGAGGUUUCAACCAGCCUAUCAUGUGCGGUGGUGAACCUAGGAUAAUGCUCCAGAAAAUCAGAGGAAAAGCCGAUCCUCCUAUUUAUACGAUUCAGUUAUGUAUUCCCAAGCAUGCUCUUAGUUUGAUCUUCUCGUUCACAAAUGGAACCGAAUGGGAUGGUCCCUAUAGACUACAAUUUCAAGUCCCCAAGGCUUGGAGAAAUAAACCAACUGAAUUCUUCACUGAGGGUCUUGCACGGGAGUUGAGCCAGGAUGGUGCCUGUGACAGGGCAAUCUUCCCGGACUCGAGUAUCUUGAUCACAAGAUGUGCGAUGGUUGGUAACUUGAAUGUGGAUGGAGGUGAUCGUUGCAAUCUUGAUCUAGUACCGGGAUGCAUUGAUCCAAAUUCUCCCGAGUAUAAUCCACUAGCCAAUGUAGAUGAUGGAUCUUGUCCACCAUAUUCAGAUUCUGAGGAAUAAUUUUCAGUACAUAUAUAUAUAUAUACGACUGAUGUUUAUAGUUUAGUGUUAUCGAUGGAAGUCUUUCACACGUGUGUGGAUUCGAUUUCCACUAUUAAUUACCUUUGUGAUAAAGAAAAUGUCUAGAAUUACUAAAAGGAAACACUUGAAUCUCCAACCUUAUACUGUGAAGUAUUUAGUUAUGGUGUCUCUACUGGUUGGUUUGUAUAGAAUUUUUAUAAUUCA